AUGAAAGUUUCUCUUCACAGAAUAACAAAGGAGGGCGUGUUCAUGUACGGCUGCGUGCCAAGGACGCAGUGGAUCACCGAACAGCUUGGCAUGGUGGCGUGUGUGGGAUCUCGUAUUUGGUGGACUUGGCGAGUUGAGGACGCAUUUGAGAGGAUGGAACAAGGGGACAAAAAUGCGCUUCGUGAUGAAGUGGCAGUCCAGCGCCAGCAGGUCCACACGUUGAUCGAGGUGGUGCGGAAGCCACUAGAAUACCGCGCUAGAAAAAAAGUGAACACCCUUAUUAUAUUGGACGUGCAUGCACGUGACCUUGUCGAGAGAUUCGUCCAGAAUGCGGUGUUCAGCGCCAACAGCUUUGAAUGGGAGAGUCAAUUGCGCUUCUACUGGGACAAAGCGAUAGACGACAUUGAAAUACGGCAAUGCACUGGGCAAUUCAGAUAUGGAUACGAGUACCAAGGUCUUAAUGGCCACCUGGUCAUCACUCCUCUAACGGAUAGAUGCAUUAUGACUCUCACAACGGCCCUCACAUUCUGUUUGGGGGGCGCACCGGCUGGACCAGCUGGAACUGGCAAAACAGAGACCGUAAAGGACUUGGCCAAGUCCUUAGCAAUUCGCUGCGUUGUCCAAAACUGUGGUGAAGGGUUGGACUACAAGGCAAUGGGGACGAUUUUCUCAGGGCUUGUGCAAACUGGCUUCUGGGGUUGCUUCGAUGAGUUCAACCGCAUCAAUCCAGAGGUGCUUUCUGUGGUAUCCGCUCAAAUCAAGGCGAUACAGACGAGCCUACAAAAUGGCAAAGGUUCCGUAGAACUACUGGGCAAGAGCCUGAAGUUUGUCCCCACAGUGGGAAUUUUCGUAACAAUGAAUCCCGGCUAUGCUGGAAGGUGA